AUGGGCAAGUUGGUCAUUGCAUACAUUAUUUUAGGCUUUUAUUCUCUCUUCAUUAUUGUGCAUGGCACUGAUAAUAAGUUAUCAUGCAAUCAAACUCCAUAUCCCACUCUUUGUAACCAUUACAUUGGCACUACCAAUUAUUCAAUUUCAUCUUCUUAUUAUUCCUUCCAUGACAUGGCCCUUAAGGUCACCAUGGACCAAGCAAUAGUAGCACACAAACUUGUCUCAUCAACCAUGGAAUCCAACCAUUUCAAAGACAAGAGAGCCAAGUCCGCAUGGCAAGAUUGUUUGGAACUCUAUGAGAAUACAAUCUAUCAGCUCAACCGUUCAAUGAGCUCAAACAAUCUAAACGACAGGUUAACAUGGCAAAGUGCUUCUAUUGCCAAUCAACAAACAUGCCAAAACGGUUUUCUUGAUUCUAACCUUUCAUCUCACUACCUAAACUACUUUCCAUCCAUUUCAACCAACUUAUCCAACUUGCUCAGCAACUCUUUGUCCAUUACCAAUACAUUAACGUCCUUCACUUCGUUACCAAAACACCCGGUUGUUCGCGGCGGUCGAAAAUUGCUUUCCUUUAAUGGCUUCCCAGACUGGCUAUCUCCUUCCGACAGGAGGCUUCUUCAGGCUUUGCCGGGAACGGCGGCACCGAAGGCAGACAUUGUGGUGGCACAGGACGGGAGUGGGAAUUACAAGAGUGUUUCGGAGGGCGUGGCGGCGGCCGGUAGGGUGAAUAAGAAUGGUCGAGUGGUUGUGUACGUGAAAGCUGGUGUUUACCGGGAGAGUGUGAACAUAAAAGGAGGUAUAAAGAAUUUAAUGAUGUUUGGGGAUGGUAUUGGAGUUACCAUUAUUACGGGUAGCAAGAAUUAUGAAGAUGGCUCCACCACUGUUGGUUCAGCUACUUUUACGGUGUCGAGUGAUGGGUUCAUAGCCAGGGACCUAACAAUUGAAAACAGUGCUGGGGCACAGAAGCACCAAGCGGUGGCACUUCUUUCCAGCUCCGAUCACUCCGUCUUCUACCGCUGUAGCUUCAGAGGCUACCAAGACACCUUAUACGUCCUUUCCCAACGCCAAUUCUACCGCGACUGUGACAUCUACGGCACCAUUGACUUCAUCUUCGGUGACGCCGUCGCCCUCUUCCAAAACUGCAACAUCUUCUUGAGAAAACCAAUGACUAAGCAACAGAACGCAGUCACAGCACAAGGGAGAACCGACCCCAACGAGAACACCGGCAUUGUCAUCCACAACUGCCGCAUCAUGGCGGCUUCAGAUCUGAAGCCAGUUCAGGGAUCUGUGAAGUGCUUCCUGGGCCGGCCGUGGCAGAAGUACUCAAGAACGGUGGUGGUGAAGAGUAGCCUGGACGGUUUGAUUGAAGCGGCAGGGUGGAUGCCAUGGGCGGGAAGCUUUGCCUUGAAUACAUUGUAUUAUGGAGAGUAUAUGAAUAUUGGAGCUGGUGCUAACACUGCAGGGAGGGUUAAAUGGCCUGGCUUUCAUGUUAUUACCAACCCUUCUGAGGCUUUGAAAUUUACUGUUGCUAAUUUCUUGGAUGGUGGAUCCUGGAUUCCUGGAACUGGUGUUCCCUUUGAAACUGGCCUUUGAACUUGUCAAUACUUUAAUUUCAUUAGUUGUGGGUGUGUGUUGGGUGUCUCUCUGUCUAUAGUGCUAGUUCAAAUUUGUGUUCCCUCGAGGACAGGGGAGUGAUUGGGAAAAUGUGUAUAGGAUUAAUAUGU